AUGUCUGCCCCUUGCGUGUCGAGUCGAAUAUCUGCCUCCGCUGCCCUCCGUCUACGUCUAUCUCGAAAUGCUUCACCAACGUCCCAGCAUAGAGUGCGCCAUAUCAGCAAUUGCACCUCAACGCCAUUAGCAUCCGCCACUUUUCCAGCAUGGAAGAGCCAUAGAACAUCACCACUCCAGCACACAGCUUUGUCUUCAUCCUCCACAUGGCUCCCAACCUUCGCCCGAAGUCGGCGGCGAUUCUCUACUACCCCCAUAUCGCAACACGGCCAUCUCGACACGCCUAAGCCAGGUGAAGAACGCAAAGUCACCUUCAUAGACAAGGAAGGCGACUCCCACACGUUCGAAGUCGCCGACGGCGGCAACCUCCUCGACAUCGCCCAAGCCAACGACCUCGAGAUGGAGGGAGCUUGCGGAGGCUCCUGUGCCUGCAGUACCUGCCACGUCAUUGUCGACUCUGACCAUUUCGACAUUAUGGAAGAGCCUGAGGACGACGAGAACGAUAUGCUGGACCUAGCCUUUGGGCUGACGGAGACAAGCCGACUAGGGUGCCAGAUUGUCAUGUCAAAAGAGUUGGAUGGGCUAGUGGUGAAGCUGCCGAAGAUGACACGGAACCUACAGGCAAGCGAUUUUGAGAGCAAAUAA